AUGCAAGAGGAUAGUGGAUCGGCACAUUUUCGUCAUUCCAAUAAAGACGGAAUCUGGUGGCCGGUCUUAAAGUCGCUGCCGCGAUCCACGGCGGUUCUCAUCUUCCCCGUCGUGCUCAUCAUUGGCGCGUUGGCUUACACUCACGUAAUCGACACACAACCUAUAUAUUCUGGAAUUCCAUCUACAAAAUCCGCAUCAAGUACCACACGUCCUUUCAUAAACCCUUCUAAGGUGCAGAAAGAGAUCCCAUUGAACUGCAGUGCGUACAACCUCACAGGAACAUGCCCCAGCAAUGAAAGCCCAAACCCAGAGGAGGAUCAGAGCCGUCCAUCCAGUGCCACGUGUCCUGAAUACUUCCGUUGGAUCCAUGAGGACCUGAGACCAUGGGCCCACACGGGCAUAACACAAGAGAUGGUGGAGAGGGCAAAGGCAACGGCAAAUUUCAAGUUGGUGAUAUUGAAGGGUAGGGCUUAUUUGGAGACCUACGAAAAGUCCUUCCAAACAAGGGAUGUUUUUACAAUAUGGGGGAUUUUGCAAUUGUUAAGGAGAUACCCUGGAAAAGUGCCUGAUUUGGAACUCAUGUUUGAUUGUGUGGAUUGGCCUGUGGUCUUAGCUGAUCGUUAUAAUGGGGCUGUUCCUCAGCAGCCACCACCAUUGUUUCGAUAUUGUGGGAAUGAUGCUACCUUGGACAUUGUCUUCCCUGAUUGGUCCUUCUGGGGAUGGGCUGAGGUUAGUAUAAAGCCAUGGGAGAUUUUGUUGGGAGAGUUGAAUGAAGGGAACAAGAAGAUACCAUGGCUGAAGAGAGAGCCUUAUGCAUACUGGAAAGGUAAUCCCUCUGUUGCAAAAACCAGAGAGGACCUCAUGAAAUGCAAUGUUUCUCAAACACAAGAUUGGAAUGCUCGUUUAUAUGCCCAGAAUUGGAUACAAGAAUCGCAAGAGGGGUUUAAAAAAUCAGACUUGGCAAGCCAAUGCACUCACAGAUACAAGGUGUACAUUGAAGGUUCUGCUUGGUCAGUGAGUGAAAAAUACAUUCUGGCAUGUGACUCUACCACUCUGCUUGUAAAACCACAUUACUAUGAUUUUUUCACCAGAGGACUGAUUCCAGUGCACCACUAUUGGCCCAUAAAGGAAGAUGACAAGUGCAGGUCCAUUAAGUUUGCUGUGGAUUGGGGGAAUAGUCACAAGCAAAGGGCACAUCAAAUUGGUAAGGCAGCAAAUGAAUUCAUUCAAGAGGAGUUGAAGAUGGAUUAUGUGUACGACUACAUGUUUCAUCUCCUAAAUGCAUAUGCUAAACUUUUUACGUACAAACCCUCUAUUAAUGGUAAUGCUACUGAAAUAUGUGUGGAGUCAAUGGUUUGUGGAGCAGAAGGAUUAGAGAAGAAAUUUAUGAUGGAAUCGUUGGUGAAGGGUCCUGCAGACACCAGCCCUUGCACCAUGCCUCCCCCUUUUGAUCCUCCAUCUUUGCACGCACAAUUACAGAGAAAGGAAAGUUCAAUUCAACAAGUUGAAUCAUGGGAGAGGAGUUACUGGGGGAAUCAAACCGUAACAUCUUGA